CUGGGACACGCCACCUCCUCCCCGCCCAGAGCCUGGCACAAGUCAGGGUGGUACGACUGCCCCCACGUAACUACCCCUGAGGUCAGAGGGCAUGGCCCCGGCCCGGGGCGGGUUGGGAGCUGCAGCCACUCCAUCUGCCCUCCUGGCACAUCCGGGGAGGAGUCAAGUCAGACAGGAAGGCCUGACGCCUACAGCACCGCGGGAAGGAGGGCCCCCCGGCUGAGCGUGGGCGCGUGGGCGGGUGAGCGUGGGGCCCAGGGCGACGUCACGUCCCGCCCCUGCCUGUCACGGGGGCGGCCCCGCCUCUCUGCCCUCCUCCCGGCCCCGCCCCGCCCACCUCAGGAGUCCGAGCGCCGCUUAGCCUCCAGCCCACACCGGCCUCGGGAACACAGGGGAGGCCAUGGAGACUUCAGGAUCACUUCAAGACCACAGUCGAGUCCACGGAGAAUCAGAAGAUCUAGACUGUAUGUUUGCUCUCUCUGACCCUCUGGGCAAAGCCACAUGGGAGGUGAAGUCCAGCAAUGGAGAGACGGAUUUCCACAAGGAAGACCAGGAGGCUGAGCUCUAUUCUCAAGAACAAGAUGAGAGAGGCAAGUCUUCGUCCUCUUCAUCCUCCUCCUCAGGUGCUGAGCAUGGGGAGCCUGAAGUUUUGAAGGAUGAGCUUCAACUCUAUGAAGGUGCCCCCGGGGACGUGGUGCCGUUUGAGGAAUCAGGACUCCGAAGGAGAGGCUCUAACCCAGAGAGUGGAGAAGUGGAGGCCUCUCAGUUAAGAAGACUAAAUAUAAAGAAGGAUGAUGAGUUUUUCCAUUUCGUCCUCCUCUGCUUUGCCAUUGGGGCCUUGCUGGUGUGUUAUCACUAUUAUAAAGACUGGUUCAUAUCCCUUGGGGUCGGGCUGCUCACCUUCGCCUCCUUGGAGACCAUUGGCAUCUACUUUGGCCUGGUGUACCGGAUCCACAGCGUCCUGCGUGGCUUCAUUCCCCUCUUUCAGAAGUUGAGGCUGAUAGGCUUCAGGAAGACCGACUGAGGCCAGUGCCAGGUGGGCAGCCAGGCCAGGCCCCGCGUGACCACCACUGCAUCCUUUCAGCCCACGAGGACAGAGUGGCGUCCUGGGAGACGCGCAGGCGGGCCAAACUAGAGCAAUAAAGAGAGCGCUUUGACUUCCA